UUUGCACUUCUAACAACAAACAAUGUUGGACUAUGAAUGGGGCAACCCAUCAACCAUGAUACUCAACGGCGCAGUCACCGUCGCCGUCGAAGAACCCACUUCUCAACCCGACCCGACCCGUCACCAUAUCUUUGAUCACUACUCACAUAACUUCAAUGAAACCUCACACACACACAACACCACUCACUACAUCAACCCAAAUGACUACUUUCAACAAACCCAUAACCAUAGCCCAAACCCGAAUCAUCACUACAUAACUAACUCAACCCAUAACCCGACCCAUAACCAUCCUCACUUCAAUUCUCUUUAUGACCCACGCGCUUACUCCGGCGAGUGUACUUACACUCCUUCACUUGAACCGGAAAGUUCACACCAUGCUGCUGCUCAUCAUCAAACCGGGUUUAUGCUCAUGCCAAAAACAGAACCGGCCGGUUGUGCUAUAGAUUUUACUAAUAACCGUAUUGGGUUAAACUUAGGUGGGAGGACGUACUUUUCUUCAGCUGAAGAUGAUUUUGUGAACCGGUUGUACCGCCGGUCUAGACCGCUUGAAGCGGCUUUGGUUAGCUCACCAAGAUGUCAAGCUGAAGGGUGUAAUGCUGAUCUUACUCAUGCUAAACAUUAUCAUCGUCGGCAUAAAGUUUGUGAGUUUCAUUCAAAAGCUUCCACUGUUGUCACCGCUGGUCUGACCCAACGGUUCUGUCAACAGUGUAGCAGGUUCCAUCUAUUGUCGGAAUUCGAUAAUGGGAAGAGAAGUUGUAGGAAAAGAUUGGCUGAUCACAAUCGUCGACGUAGAAAAUCAUCACAAAAUCAAGAUCGUAGCAAGUCUGUUUCGAGUACUCAAAGUUCAUCUUCAGAUGUCAUAUCAAGGUAUCAAUCGAAUUCCAGAGGUUAAUCUUGGUUCGUGACACGAUUGCAAGCGGUUACUAAAUCGACUAUGGAAGUUUCACCAAAACUUUUAUCGUAUCUCCUUGCCUAGGUUGCUAGCUAAUUAGUUAUAAAUAACGUUGUUGUAAUUAAAUUUUUUUAGAUUUGGUUCGACAAAAAGUUGAUUUCCUCGGAUUUUAAUUUUCAAUUGAUCGAUGAAUGGAAGCUAGGCCUAGCUAA